UAGAAAAUGCAUUCAGAUCACAGCCGACCCGCACCCACUCUCACAUUAUCAGUGGGUUGGUGACCUUGGGACCUGUUGAUAUUUGUAGCAGCCAUGUUGAGAGUGCACAAGAGGCCGUGUGGGACUCUGGUGUUUCUGGUCUGAGACGUGCAACAGGGCUGGUUGAUGCAGUUGACGGGAGACGUGCAUGAAUAUGUAUCGUAUGCUAAUGCUGCACGCUGUAGCUGUUGAUUCAAGCUGUCGUUGGAAGCAGGGAGCGUGUUCUCCAAUCUGCAGUCUGAAAAUGCUCCUGAUAAAACCUGUCGUCAGCGCCGCCUCAGCCCGGGGGGCAGCAAGCAUCAGCAGCCAAGGUGACACCUCUCAGCGGUCUCUGCAGGCCUGGGGCGCGCGGGCAGUGCUGAUGUCUGCUUCUUUAAGCGUCACCUUGACCUUUCAUUGUCACAGAAAGGUUUAAGAAAGCUGGAGUUAAGGAUGUAAAAUGCUGCAGCUGUGUUCCCGCUCGCUUCCUGCCUCGCUACAACGAACCGCUCAGAGCGACGUCAGUUUGGCUGAAAUCUGAACCAUUUCUUACUUUCCUGGCAACGAUUUUCCAAUCUUCUCUCCUGUGGAUGGAUGUCCGUCAUCAGGUGUCCCAGUUAAACAUGAUUAGUGGAGCCUAAAGGCUGUGAGAGUGUCUUGAAUUACGGACUGAGGAGGAGAGGCUGCAGGUCGGCGCGAUGGCUGCCGUUCUCCCUCUUCUUCUUCUCAUUUCGGUCCUGGCUGGAGUCCUUCCUGAAGUGCAGGGAUCAGGCUACCUGUCCGGUUAUCGCCUCAGGUCUCGGUUGCAGAGGGACCGCCAUGUGAGAAAUGUUCGACCCAACAUCAUCCUAAUUCUCACGGAUGAUCAGGACUUGGAACUGGGUUCAAUGCAGGCAAUGAACAAAACUCGGCAGAUCAUGGAGAAGGGAGGCACACAUUUUUCCAACGCUUUCUCCACCACACCCAUGUGCUGCCCGUCGCGCUCCUCCAUCUUGACAGGGAAGUACGUGCACAACCACCACACCUACACCAACAACGAGAACUGCUCCUCGCCGUCGUGGCAGGUGCACCACGAGCCACACACCUUCGCUGUGCACCUCAACAGCUCUGGCUACAGGACAGCCUUUUUUGGGAAGUAUCUGAAUGAGUACAGUGGCUCCUACGUGCCCCCUGGCUGGAGGGAGUGGGUGGCGCUGGUGAAGAACUCCCGCUUCUACAACUACACCCUCUGCAGAAAUGGAGUACGAGAGAAACACAGCAGCGACUAUCCAAAGGACUACCUGACGGACAUCAUUACCAACGACAGCAUCAACUACUUCCGUCUGUCUAAGAGGAUGUACCCUCACCGUCCCAUCAUGAUGGUUCUGAGCCACGUGGCUCCACACGGUCCCGAGGACUCGGCCCCGCAGUACAGCGCUGCCUUCCCCAACGCCUCCCAGCACAUAACUCCGAGCUACAACUACGCUCCCAACCUGGACAAGCACUGGAUCCUGCGCUACACCGGCCCCAUGAGGCCGGUCCACAUGCAGUUCACCAACAUGCUCCAGCGCAGGAGGAUGCAGACGCUGCUGUCUGUGGAUGACAGCAUGGAGAAGGUGUACAACAUGCUUGUGGAGACAGGUGAGCUGGACAACACCUACCUGAUCUACACCUCCGAUCAUGGAUAUCACAUUGGCCAGUUUGGUUUGGUGAAGGGCAAAUCCAUGCCUUAUGAGUUUGACAUCCGUGUGCCUUUCUAUGUACGAGGACCAAAUGUGGAACAAGGAGCCAUCAAUCCUCACCUGGUGUUAAACAUCGACCUGGCUCCCACUCUGCUGGACAUGGCUGGUGUUGAUAUCCCUGCAGAAAUGGAUGGCAAAUCUAUCCUCAAGCUGCUGGCGGCCGAGCGACCCAUGAACAGGUUCCACUUGAACAGGAAAAGUAAAACAUGGAGAGACUCCUUCCUGGUGGAGAGAGGAAAGCCUCCACACAAGAGGGCUGAUGGGAAGGAAAUGGCCCAGGAGGAGAACUUCCUGCCAAAAUACCAGAGGGUGAAGGAUCUGUGCCAGAAAGCGGAAUACCAGACCUCCUGCCAGCAGCCUGGACAGAAGUGGCAGUGUGUGGAGGACCCCACUGGCAAACUGAGGCUGUUUAAGUGUAAAGGCAUGGCGAAUCUUUUUGCUCCACGUAUGCAGGCUCAGAUGGCCAGCAGCGCCUCCACUCUGUCCCUCACAGCCGGCUCUGACAGCUGUAACUGUGCUGAUGUGGACUUCAAAACAUCAGACUUUAAAAGGAAGAGGCUGCUGAACAAAAAUAAGAUUAAAUCCAGUAAAUCCGUGUCUAGGCGACGCCUGGCCCGCUCUAUAGCGUUUGAGCUGGAUGGAGACCUAUAUGCUGUAGACCUGGAGCAGGGCUACCGACCCCUGGGAUCCAGGAACAGCAGCUGGACCAGAGACAGGAGCAGAGCAGUGGGAUAUGAAGACGACACUGAAGAAUUCAGUGGAAUGGAAGUCACAGCCAGACCUACCAGCCGCGACAAGCUCACUCCACCCUCUUCCCUGAAAGUUACUUACAGGUGCUCCAUCCUUAUGAAUGACACUGUGAAGUGUGAUGGAGGACUCUAUAAGUCCCUCCAAGCGUGGAAGGACCACAAGCUGCACAUUGAACACGAGAUUGAAACUUUGCAGACCAAAAUCAAGAACCUCCGUGAGGUCAAAGGUCACCUGAAAAAGGUUCGGCCAGAGGAAUGUCAGUGUAGCUCUCCCAGCGAUGUGCUCAGAAAUAAAGAGACCUACCAGCUCAGCGCAGGACGGACGCUCCCGCUCAGAAUGCCGUCCAAGCUGAAGACUCAGUGGCUGCAGAAGGAACAGAAACGCAGGAAGAAACUGCGUAAAUUCCUCAAAAGGCUCCAGAACAACGACACCUGCAGCAUGCCUGGCCUCACCUGCUUCACCCAUGACAACCAUCACUGGCAGACCGCCCCCUUCUGGACAAUGGGACCAUUCUGUGCAUGCACCAGUGCCAACAACAACACAUACUGGUGCCUCCGGACCAUCAAUGACACACACAAUUUCCUGUUCUGUGAGUUUGCUACUGGCUUCCUGGAAUACUUUGACCUGAACACGGACCCAUACCAGCUGAUAAAUGCAGUUAGCACGCUUGAUCGGAACGCUCUGAACUCAAUGCAUCAGCAGCUCAUGGUCCUGCGGGGCUGCAAGGGCCAUAAGCAGUGUAAUCUGGAGAGAGGAGGAAAGGAGAAAAACCACUUCAGUGACUACAGGCCAGUUCAUCGUCGAAAGAGGCCAAAAGUGAAGAGGCCCUCCUCCAAGUCACUAGGGCAGAUCUGGGAGGGCUGGGUUGGUUAACCACCCACAUCUCCUAGCAGAGGAAGAAGGAUGAACAUAAACCAACAUGAAGACCUUGACUGCACUUCUGUGGACCACAACCUGAGAUACUUCUGUUCUCCAACUUGGGUUUCAUUUCUGGGAGAGCUGCUCUCAGUCGACUUUUCCCAGCAGGAGGAGAAGCUAAGGCUGAGGAAGCUUAAAGACUCCGGAAACACCUCAGCACAGUUUACACUCAUUACCCUCCAGCAGCUGAAGUAACGGCACCGCUCUGCUGUAAAUAAGUGGGCAGCCUGGUACCCACCAGCCAUUUAGCCUGACAGUGAUGUUUGUAGAUAAUUUACAGGAUUUCGCUUCGAUCUGCUUUCUUUCAUGGCAAACGGGACUCUAUGGUAGAAUGAUGAGCUACGACGGGACUCUGCUGCUAGUGAUGUCAUGGCCUCAUGACGUCCAGUCUGUAGCUCAUGCUGGAUAAAAAGACCCCCCCCCCCCCGUGUUUGCACAUGGAAGUGAAGGACUCACCGUACAGAACCUUUCGCUGUCAUCUUUUGUACCAUAGUAGGUCUUAACACUGAUGAAUGUCUCUGAUAAAGCUCGUCUGCCUCACGUUAGUGAGAUGUGCAGGAUUUACCCUUCAGCUUGAACCAACACCGCCUCACCAUCAGUGGAGCCCUCCAGAACGUUGGACCGUGCACACAGUGUGUCACCAGUAAAUAUAACGUCAUUCCCUUGUAAGGUCAGCCCCACGCCAUCUCCAGGUAGUUUAGCUGGUUCUACAUGGUGCUACAGGACAGAACCCUGCUGUACAGUACAGUGUGUAUUUGAAUGUAUGUUGUGCAAUUAAUAUAAAUGUUUACAAUAUUUUUUAUAAUACUGGAGAAACAGACCUUAUUGUCCGAUAGAAGAUGGCGAGCUGAGUGUUGUGGGAGAGGUGUGACUCUGGGGAGUUCGGUACCUACAAGAUGUCUGUCUGUCAUUUCCUUAUGAGAGAAGCACUUAAAGGGUUCACUGUGAUGAGUUGUCUGCUUAAAACACACACGAUGUAAACCUAAAUGUGAAGGUUAGCUGCCUGCUGUUGUUAGCUCCUGAUUCCAUAGAGCUAGAGAUCUAAUGGUAAUUGUGAAUAAAGUGUUUUGUUUGAAAAUAAA